CGUGAGGCUGCACUUGUAGCUAGGCGAAUUCAACAUUCAACAAAGCAACAUCAUCCUGAAUAAUUAUUCAUCAGAAAUAUGGAUUGCUGAUGCCAAAGCCUGCUCAAGUUGAUACGGGUCCUAUUUUAAAGAUCUCAUUCCUGGAAUUAGAAACAUUUGUCUAAAGUUUUGAAUCAAAUGCAUGAAGCUACGGAGGAAAUAAAUAACGACAUUAAGACAUGAAGUUGAAAGUGGAGCUGAAUCUAGGCAAGGAAGCAAAACAUGAAGAACUUGUCAGCUGCAUUUGUUGGUACACUCCAGAUGAAGUUUAUUCCUGUGGGGAUGACCAUCAAGUUAUUAAAUGGAACCUUCUAAAUGGUGAAACCACACAGGCUGUGCAGUUACCAAAAGACUUGUUUCCAACUGAUAUUCAUUGGUUCCCAAGAAGUAUUGGUGGAAAAAAACAAGGCCAGAUCGACAUUUUUGUACUUGCUGCUACGGAUGGAAAAUUUCAUUUGAUUUCACGAUCUGGGCGAAUUGAGAAAUCAGUUGAAGCUCACAGAGGGGCUGUGCUUGCAGCAAAAUGGAGUUAUGAUGGGAAUGCUCUGGUAACUGCUGGGGAAGAUGGACAAAUAAAGAUUUGGUCUAGAAGUGGGAUGCUACGCUCAACUUUGGCUCAGCUUGGAAAUCCAGUUUACUCAGUUGCUUGGAGCCCCAAUUCAAACCAGAUCAUCCACACAAAUGGAAAACAAAUAACAAUAAAACCCCUUCAGCCACAAGCUAAACCACAACAGUGGAAAGCUCAUGAUGGCAUUGUGUUGAAGAUUGACUGGAACUCGCUGAACAACACAAUCAUUUCUGGAGGAGAAGAUUGUCGAUACAAGGUCUGGGAUGUUUAUGGUCGCCCGUUGUACAGUAGUCAACUUCACGAGUAUCCGAUCACAUCUUUGGCUUGGGCUCCAGAUGGUGAAUUUUUCGCCGUCGGAUCCUACAAUACGUUGCGGCUCUGUGACAAAAAGGGGUGGUCAUAUGCUUUAGAGAAACCAAACACUGGCUCGAUAUUCAACAUUGCUUGGUCAAGUGAUGCGACGCAAGUGGCUGGCGCCUGUGCCAAUGGCCACAUCAUCUUUGGCAAUGUCGUCCAAAAGAGGUUAGAAUGGAAAAACUUUGAAGCAGUUGUGACUGAACAAAAGCAUAUCAAAGUCAGAGAUGUUAUCUUAGACUCGAAAGAAAACCUUGAUUUCCGGGACCGCAUCAUAAAGCUGACUCUUGGAUAUAAUCACUUGGUAGUCACAACCUCGUCACAGUGUUACAUAUACAGCGUGAAAAACUGGAACACCCCUAUGAUAUUUGAUUUGAAAAGCGGUGCAGUCUCUUUGCUGCAUUUGGCAGAAAAGCACUUUGCUCUUGUUGAUGAAAUGAGUGUCCAGAUUUAUUCGUAUGAGGGGCGAUUGUUAAGCACCCCAAAGUACCAAGGGAUGCGACCGGACAUGAUGAGUGCUCAGACCAUUGCCUUGUGUAACGAUACUUUGGCCAUCAAGGACAAAACUGACGAAAAACUUAUUUAUUUGUUCGAUGCUGUAUCAGGAAAACCAUUAGGGGACGGGAAACCAAUCCAACACAGUGCUGAGGUUUUAGAAAUAGGGCUGAAUAAUGAUGGACCAGGUACAGAGAGAAAGUUGGCUAUUAUUGACAAGAACAGAGAUUUGUACAUUCGAACAGUGCGACAAGUUGGGGCUCCAAAAACCACCAAACUUUCCACAAUGGUAUCCACAAUGGCCUGGAAUGACAGCGUCAAUAUGCUAGCUGCGGUUGCCGAUAAUAAAGUCACUGUUUGGUACUACCCUAAUGUUGCCUUUGUCGACCCUGAUAUUGCCACAAGGACCGUUUUCCAGUUAGAUCAAAGCGAAUUCGGAAAAAACCUCCAGAUAACAAACUUUGUUGGUAACGUUUGCACGAUGAGAAGAGGCGAUGGGGCGCUUUGCAGCUCGAGUAUUUCUCCGUACCCGGCAUUUCUCCAUGGCCAUGCCAGCGAAUCGAAAUGGGACGACGCCGUUCGACUCUGCCGUUUCGUUAAGGAUGACAGUCUUUGGGCUUGCCUGGCUGCUAUGUCCGCUUAUGCGAAGGAGCUGUCCACUGCUGAAAUUGCGUAUGCAGCCAUUGAAGAAGCCGACAAGGUGCAGUACAUAAAUCACGUGAAAGAGAUUCCAUCGAAAGAAGGCCGUCUCGCAGCAAUGGCAUUGUUUUGUCGUCAGAUCCCGGAUGCAGAAGCUAUGCUGCUACAAAGCGGUCUGAUAUACCGUGCAAUCCAAAUGAACAUUGACUUGUUCAACUGGGAAAGAGCUUUGGAUUUGGCAGUCAAGCACAAAACACACGUGGACACCGUUUUGGCAUACAGGGAAAAGUACCUUAAAAGAUACGAAAAGAAAGAAACAAAUAAGAAGUUUGUCCAGUAUUCGCAGGGUGUCGAAGUUGACUGGGAAAAAAUCAAUGCGAAAAUCGAAAUGGAGCUGCAAAAAGAGUCUCAAAGAGCUGGCACUAAAACCUUUUAGUGCGGCAAUCUUAAAAGUUCAGUUUUCGUAAUUCAACGAACAAGUUCAUAAGCUGUAUUGUGCGUAGUGUAUGACUUUAGUCUGGUUCUGAAACAGGCUAGGUUAGGUUACAUCACGACACAUGUUUCCAGUAAAUUGUCUUCUGUCUACCUGUCUCGCUUUAAUAAAAAAUGCGUCUUUGUCUUACUUCUGGAAUUCAAGUAGGAUUUUGAUGGCUAAGUGCCACGUUACAUCAAGCCUUGUAAAUAAUUACUGACCGCUCAUAUGGUUUGGUAUUAAGAGAUUUAUUGUUAUAUAAGCUAAAUUUAAAUUAUGAACAGCACGGACGGA